UAUAAAAGCCCCACUUGGCCAUGUUUUUCAGUCAAAGUUUAUCUUGCAAUUACGAUACGAGAGAAACAAAUAAAAUAAAAAAAUCCAGCAAUCUGUCACAGGUGAGCGACGUCGAAUUUGCGUCAAGUAAUUGUGUUUAUAGUGCAUGAGCCUCUCUGCAAAGGUCGUUGGUUCUCCCGCAAGAUUACGCGAUUUUCUCGCUUGUCUCGCGUAACACCACGUAAUCGCUCCAACAACGUUAUCUGACUUUUCUCCGACAUACGUCCUGUUACGUAACCGCGCUCCGCCAGUAAGAGCCGAUCAGGAAGAACAAUUAGAAAGCUGCACACAAGCGUUCGGUCCGGUCGGUCGCGUGAGUGCUUGUAUGCGACAUUCGGCCGGUCUCACUCACUCACGUUUGUUCGUUCGCGCCGCGACCGAUGGACAGUGAUGGUCCACGAUUCUAGCGAUUUUUAAAUGUCGGAAAAUUGUCGCCACAUUAUCUUAUUACUUGUAAGCAAUAUUAAAAGAAAAAGUAGUAAGAAAUAUAUUGGGAAAAACACAUAUAUUAUCAAGUCUGUAAGAAUUUUGCCGAGUAUAUUCGUGAUACGCAAAGAACGAAGUAUGAUACCGAUUGAUGAAUAUAAUUCUUUUAUCUUCGCGAGCGUAGCGUCAGCAACUCGCUACUAGGAUCAAAUAUGGAGAACUCGUCUGGACCGACGACUUUCUCGAGCUCAAUACAUCCUUGGCUUCGACAGCCGCCGAUCCACCUCUAUAUUACGCACCUUCGUAAUCGAGCUUCUCUCACCACUCCUUCUCUUCGCCUACUCUUUCCUUCACAGAGUCGAGCUAGAUCUUUGCUCACUUCGAGGAAGCCACCUCAGUGAUAAUUCAGGCCCACGUCAGAACUGUUCGUGGUCCUUGCUCUCUUACGAAUUGAGCGCGCGAUUUCCUCUUCGCUCCGUGAUCGAAUCGUUCGAUUUUUCGAAAGUGAUCGCUAUUAAUUCGCGAUAUAGUUUUCGUAAUUUAGUUCGUAUUAUUCGCUGUUCGCAAGUGAUACUUUCUUUGAGUAAAUUCGAUCGGUUUUACACCCACAAAAAGUUGUUCGAACGGAAGGGAUUUCAAUUCUUUAAUGCGACGACAAACGCAAGAACGAAAAUAAUCUUUAUUGUUUUAUAAAUUCCACAUCUUCUUUUAAUUUGGAUUUUUAUUCUAUUGCUCGAUAAUACGAUAAUAGAUUUAACUUCUACUUUGUUUCUUACGCGAUAAUAAUUUACAAUUUGCUUGCGCGUUUGUACAGCAUAUGCAUCUCACAAAGUUUCGUUGAUUUGCGUAUUGAGAUUUUAAAAUCUAAUAUUUUAAUAUUUUAAUCAUUCAAAUAUUUUUUACGACGAGCCUGUUUCGCGAUAAUAUCAGAUAUCACGCAAUUCAUUGAAAUCAAAUAUGUACUGUAAAAAAUAACAUAGAUAGAUGAUAACAGAAGACACUUCCUCUCGUAUCUUGCUUACGUUCUUUAAGAUAUUUCAAGUUUCUGUUACGUGAUUUCGAUUACGAAAAAAUUAAUCAUCACAUAUAAAUAUUCAAUUCCGAUGGAGCACAUGCCAAUCAACACGUCAUUUACACGGGUGUUCCUGGAGCAUCGGGGCAAGGAUGAGGUAGGACAACUAGUUGGUGCCAAAACCCAUGGCGCAACACCCUUAGUCAUGGCAUGUCGGAAUGGACAUUACGACGUGGCGGAGUACCUCAUCGAAAAAUGUGGGGCAGACGUGGAGCAGCCCGGAUCAGUGGUUUUCGAGGGUGAAACGAUCGAGGGUGCACCACCUUUGUGGUGCGCGGCGGCUGCUGGCCACUUAAACCUAGUCAAGCUGCUGGUGAGACGAGGAGCCAAAGUGAACUCAAUCACGAAAACAAAUUCCACACCUCUCCGCGCUGCGUGCUUCGACGGGCAUUAUGAUAUCGUCAAGUUUUUAGUGCAACACGGUGCAGAUAUCGAGAUGGCGAAUCGACACGGGCAUACGUGCUUGAUGAUCGCGUGCUACCGAGGUCAUGUUAAAAUUGCCAAGUUCCUACUCGCCCUGAAAGCGGAUGCGAAUCGCAAGUCCGUGAAGGGCAAUACGGCGUUACACGACUGUGCCGAGAGCGGAUCUUUGGAGAUACUGAAGAUACUUGUCGAGCAUGGCGCCCAGAUGGACGUGGACUCUUAUGGAAUGACGCCACUCCUCGCGGCAGCAGUAACAGGUCAUACGCAUAUCGUCGAGUAUCUCAUAGGCAUUCCGCAACUAUUCAGCAGAAAAGAACGUAUCGACGCGCUGGAGUUGCUCGGAGCCACGUACGUGGACAAAAAGAGGGACAUGAUUGGCGCCCUGCAGUUCUGGAAACGUGCCAUGAACGAGCGAUAUCGGGGAGACGGACCGGUGAUAUCAAAACCCGAAUCUCCGCCACUCGUAGCCGCUUACGAUUUCGCCCGAGAGGUAAUCGAACCUGAAGCUUUGGACGAUCUGCUAGCAGACCCAGACGAAAUGCGCAUGCAAGCGCUGGUGAUCAGAGAACGAAUAUUAGGACCGGCUCAUCCAGACACUAGUUAUUACAUUAGAUAUCGUGGAGCUGUUUAUGCGGAUGCGGGUAAAUUCCGUCGCUGCAUCGAACUGUGGAAUUAUGCUCUCGACAUGCAGCAGAGUAUGCUGGAACCGUUAAAUCCUAUGACGCAAAGCUCUCUAUUCAGUUUUACUGAACUCUUCAGUUUCAUGGUAGGCGAAGAAGGUAGACAAACGACUCGGGGUCGCAGAGUACCACCAGUAAAGAGGGAAGAUCUCUUGAGAGUUUUCGAGAAAGCUGUUAAUGAGGUAGCGAAAGGAAAGCAAAUGUUAGAUAAGAUGGGCGAUUUGGCGUGCGAGCGUGAUUUAACGUUCUUGAAUAGAGUCUUCGUUAUCACUCUACACUUGGCGUGCUUAUUAACGCAUGAGACCGGGGAAAAAGGUAGCGAGGAAUACAACGUCUUACACAAAGAGCUCUAUAAGUUAAUUCGAAUAAAAGCCAAAGGCAGACAAGGCCGCGACGCGCUGCAAUUGGUUCACAGCGAGGACGGUGCGCUGGUUGGCAGGUAUCCCACAUGCAAGUUUCCUUCUUCUUACUUGACCAAAGCUUUACUGAGAGUGGGUGCAGAUGUGACUGCCAGAGACAAUGACGGCAAUACGGCUCUGCACCUUACCGCACUAUUAAACUCUUGGCAACCGAUCCUAUCGAUUGAUCUACUCGACGCCGGCGCGCAUCUUGACGCGGUAAAUAACGACGGCAAGACGUUCCAGAUGCUGUUGUGUAAUAAGGAGCGUUACGAUUCGAUUUGUCCACUGAGAUAUACCACGCUCGCUUGUCUGGCCGCGCGAGUAGUCAAAAAGACGCAGAAAAUGAGCAAAGUGCCCGCACACCUCCGCGCUUUCGUCGAGAUGCAUUAGUAAUGUCACGAUGAGACACCGCCAGUGAAUUGCCGUCGCAGCACACCUUACUCUAAUCGAGAAAGUGUGACGAUUAGCAGUGAUGAUAAUUCAGGCGUUAACUCUGGUUCAUAAUUCAUUCUAGCAUCGAUAUAUUCACCUUCUUGUACAGGGUUUCAAAAUCGCUCUGAUUUCUGGAUGUCUUUAGUUUAUUUUAUUUUUUAAAGCUCCUAUGUAGUCGGCCGAGAACUUCGCAUUGAUCAUGGCGAUGUAUGAUGUAUCGUAGAAAAAUUAGAAUUGGCGUAAAAAGUGACGUGUUGAUAAUGAAAUUUUGUCUUGUAUGUCAUUUCAUUGAUUAUUAUGUACUUUGUUGCGAAAAUGUAACCUAUCUGGUGUUUACCAAAUUUGUAAAAAUGGCUCGCAAGUAAAGUUAUCUUUGAAUUUUAUAUGUAAAAGCAUAUUUGUCACUUCUUUCAAUAGCUGUCCGUGUGUUUUCCUGCCUAAAUAGACUUCACUUCACGUGUUUUUUACGACUAUUAACCGACUGUCGAGCAAAGGAAAAGCAGAGUUGAGGUCCAUUUUUGCAAGUGUUUUAAAGCUAUCUAAUUAUUAUUAUUUUUAAUUCUCUUUAUUUACAAAUAGAACGCAAAACAUUUUUACGUAUAAUUUCAAUCUGACAUCACGAUUUCAAUAUGAUCGCGACGAUUACUGAGGAGUCUUAAUGUGGGUGAUUUUGAGAUAUCCUGUACAUAGUAUAUCCGUAUAUCUGUAGAACAGAGAUAAAAAGGUUGUGUUUCCAGGAAGCAUAAGCGUUCUGAUUGACGAUGUAAUACGAAGCGCACACGUAAUCUUUUGACAGCUUCUCUCAUAAUAUAAAACAUGUUUCGCAAUAAGAUUUUCGCAAACAAAAAAUAUCUUCUUUAUUUGAGUUGACAAUUUUCUUUUUACGCUUCGUAUUUAAUUUAUUCAAUCUAAAGAAAACUCUAAAUAUAUGUGUCUUUAAAGAUUGCUGAAAUUAUAUUUCGCUAUUAAAAGUGUUAUAUUCAAUAAAACGGAAUAGUGUACCCUUUACUUAUGUACAUACAUAUAUAUUUUUUAAUACAAUUAUGAUAAUUGAUAAAAUAUCUAUUUUCAUAAAAAGAAUUUAAAAAAAUUAAAAAAUUUAAUACAGGGACCCUUAUUAUUUAAAAAUUAAUUGGCGCGUUUCUAUUUAAAAUUUAUCACUGAGUAUCUUUAACCUCUUGCUUGCCAUUGUUUUUGUUAGAUUGAUAUUAAUAAAUAUGAUAUAUUUUGAUAGAUCUCUUUGGUAUCGAUGUGCGAUGAUACGAAAGAGAGGCUUUUGAAUCUUAAUGAAUGAGCUAGGCAAGUAAGCAUCGGUAGCCAUCGAUAAGGUGAUAACGUAGACAUUGUGAUCUUAUUAUUGCGAAUUUUGGCUAAUUAAAGGCCUUUCCCUUAUACAUAAACCCCAUGCAAGCCAUAUUACACACACACAUGCACACACAACAUAGUGACAAAUAUGUACAUGUGUAUGUAUACACAUACAUACAUACAUAUUAUGUUGGUAAAGUUAAGUAACAAAUGUAUGUUGAAUUCAAGUGUGUUAUCUUAGAAAAGUGACUUUUUACCUUGCUGUAUAAACAAAUAAAGAAAGAAACAUGAA